GGAGCGCAGCGCUACCAGAUGCAAGUGCGGGGGAAGCGACUCGGCUCCUCCAUAGAAACAAAUCAACUUCUUUGUGCAGCUCUGGUGACUCUUCUCUGCUCCAGCUCUACCUAGGUAGAUGGAUCUCCUCAAGCUCUGCCCUGCCUAACAUGGAUGCCCAGCCACCUCCACCACCACCACCUCCACCAUCAUCUUCCUCAGCUGAGUCGGAGGGCUGUUUCUUCUUGGCGCAGUGAGCUGGACACGCAGUGCUCUUUUUUUUCUUUUUUUUUUCUUUUUUUGCUUAAUGGAUGUGGGGAAAGCGUUGCCCAACCCGCCGGUGGUGCCCAGCCGCCUUGAUUCACGUUAAAGGGUUGAAAGAGAAAAUAAUUCUGGGGAAUAUACCGAUUCAGGGAAUAACAAUCCUGUGCACCACACACAAGCACCAUGAAGAUUACCUCCCUGCUGAUACUUAAUGCGAGAGUCAGGUGCACCAUCAGGCUUCUACUGCUGCUAUUACACUGUGUGGGAUAUUCUCAUGGGAUGCCACACGUCUUGAGAUUCGGGGGGAUAUUUGAGUCCAUUGAAAGCGGCCCGUCAGGUGCUGAGGAACUAGCCUUUAAAUUUGCUUUAAACACAAUCAACAGGAACAGAACCCUACUGCCAAACACCACGCUCACCUACGACAUCCAAAGGAUAAACAUCUAUGACAGCUUUGAAGCCUCCAGAAAAGCCUGCGACCAGCUUUCUCUGGGGGUGGCGGCCAUCUUCGGCCCCUCUCACAGUUCCUCAGCGAAUGCAGUCCAGUCGAUUUGCAAUGCCUUGGGGGUGCCACACAUCCAGACCAAGUGGAAGCACCAAGUAUCGGACAACAGAGACGUCUUCUAUGUCAGCCUCUAUCCAGACUUCUCUUCCCUCAGCCGGGCCAUCUUGGAUCUGGUCCAUUUCUUCAAGUGGAAGACGGUCACUGUGGUUUAUGACGACAGCACUGGUCUGAUUCGGUUGCAAGAACUCAUAAAGGCGCCAUCGCGGUACAACAUCCGGUUAAAGAUCCGGCAGCUGCCUGCAGAGACCAAGGAUGCUAAGCCGCUGUUAAAAGAGAUGAAGAGGGGGAAGGAGUUCCACAUCAUCUUUGACUGUGGCCACGAAAUGGCUGCUGGGAUCCUGAAGCAGGCUCUCGCCAUGGGGAUGAUGACAGAGUAUUAUCACUAUAUCUUCACCACACUGGAUUUGUUUGCGCUGGACGUGGAGCCUUACCGAUACAGUGGUGUGAAUAUGACAGGCUUCAGGAUCCUCAACACUGAAAACAGCCAGGUGGCUUCCAUCAUUGAGAAAUGGUCCAUGGAGCGACUGCAGGCUCCACCCAAACCUGACUCUGGUCUACUGGACGGCUUCAUGACCACGGACGCCGCACUGAUGUACGAUGCCGUGCACGUGGUGGCCGUGGCUGUGCAGCAGUCUCAGCAGAUCACUGUCAGCUCAUUACAGUGCAACCGACACAAGCCCUGGCGCUUCGGGAACCGCUUCAUGGCCCUCAUCAAAGAGGCCCACUGGGAUGGCCUGACUGGGAGAAUCACUUUCAACCGGACCAAUGGCUUGAGGACAGACUUCGACCUCGAUGUCAUCAGUCUGAAGGAGGAGGGGCUUGAGAAGAUUGGUACCUGGGAUCCUCCAAGUGGCCUAAACAUGACGGACAACCAGAAGGGGAAGACAACCAAUGUUUCUGAUUCCUUAUCCAACCGGUCCUUGAUUGUCUCCACCAUACUGGAAGAGCCAUAUGUGAUGUUCAAGAAGUCUGACAAGCCACUGUAUGGGAACGACCGCUUUGAGGGCUACUGCAUAGACCUGCUGAGAGAGCUGGCCAACAUCCUGGGGUUCACUUACGAGGUCCGCCUGGUGGAGGAUGGGAAAUACGGGGCACAGGAUGAGAACACGGGCCAGUGGAAUGGCAUGGUCAAGGAGCUAAUGGACCACAGAGCUGAUCUGGCAGUGGCUCCCCUCGCCAUCACAUACGUGCGCGAGAAGGUUAUCGACUUCUCCAAGCCCUUCAUGACGCUGGGUAUAAGUAUACUGUACCGCAAGCCCAACGGGACCAACCCUGGGGUCUUCUCCUUCCUCAACCCCCUCUCGCCUGAUAUCUGGAUGUAUAUUCUGCUGGCUUACUUGGGUGUCAGUUGUGUGCUGUUUGUCAUAGCCAGGUUUAGUCCCUACGAGUGGUAUAACCCCCACCCUUGCAACCCUGACUCGGAUGUAGUGGAAAACAAUUUCACCCUGCUAAAUAGUUUCUGGUUCGGAGUUGGAGCUCUCAUGCAGCAAGGAUCUGAGCUCAUGCCGAAAGCCCUCUCCACCAGAAUUGUAGGAGGAAUCUGGUGGUUUUUCACGCUCAUCAUCAUCUCCUCCUACACGGCGAACCUGGCCGCCUUUCUCACUGUGGAGAGGAUGGAGUCGCCCAUUGACUCUGCUGACGAUCUAGCCAAGCAGACGAAGAUAGAGUAUGGGGUGGUAGAGGACGGCGCCACCAUGACCUUCUUCAAGAAAACCAAGAUCUCCACGUAUGAUAAGAUGUGGGAGUUCAUGAGCAGUCGAAGGCACUCAGUGAUGGUGAAGAACAUUGACGAAGGCAUUCACCGUGUGCUCACCUCAGACUACGCAUUCCUCAUGGAGUCCACCACUAUUGAGUUUGUCACCCAGCGCAACUGCAACCUCACCCAGAUUGGAGGGCUCAUUGACUCCAAAGCCUACGGGGUUGGCACCCCAAUGGGCUCUCCAUACCGAGAUAAGAUCACUAUUGCCAUCCUGCAGCUUCAGGAGGAAGGGAAGCUGCACAUGAUGAAGGAGAAGUGGUGGAGAGGAAAUGGCUGUCCGGAGGAAGAAAGCAAGGAGGCCAGUGCCCUCGGGGUGCAGAACAUCGGAGGGAUCUUCAUCGUCCUGGCUGCUGGACUCGUCCUUUCCGUGUUCGUGGCGGUGGGAGAGUUCCUCUACAAGUCCAAACAGAACGCACAACUUGAAAAGAGGUCCUUCUGCAGUGCCAUGGUGGACGAACUGCGGGUUUCCCUCAAGUGCCAGCGCCGGCUCAAACACAAGCCCCAGCCACCCGUCAUGGUGAAAACGGAGGAGGUCAUCAACAUGCACACCUUCAACGACCGCAGACUGCCAGGGAAAGAGACCAUGGCCUAAAAUGGGAAUCUCAAUCACUUUUUCAGCCUCUCUCCUGCAGUGAGGA